UCUAAAGAAGGAAGCUUUCUGUGGUUGUGCCAAAGCAACAAGGAUCUGUUUUGUGUCAGCGAUCAGAAUCCUCAGUUUCGUCCUUCUACGGUGCAGCUGCCACCGGGCGCUGAAAUGGUGCACUACUCUGCCUGCCAGGAUGCCAUUUGGGGUUUGGAUAUUCUUGGGCAGAUAUUUAUCAGAACACUUUCAUCCAGCUGUCCAACAGGAAUGCAUUGGACAAAACUGGAUCUCUCUCAACUAGGUGCUGUAAAGCUGAUCAGCUUGACCUGUGGAAAUCAGCAUGUUUGGGCCUGUGACACCAGUGGUGGCAUUUAUUUCCGUGUAGGAACUCAACCUCUUAACCCAAGUUUGAUGCUUCCUGCAUGGAUAAUGAUUGAGCCACCUAUGCAGCCAGUAGGAAUCAACUUGGUCAGCAUUUAUUCAAGUCCAAAUGAUCAGAUGUUGUGGGCAAUUGAUAGCAAAUGGAAUGUCCACGUACGAGUUGGAAUUACAGAUGAAAUGCCUGUAGGCACUGACUGGGAACAUGUACCAGGUUUGCAGGCUUGUCAGCUGGCUAUAAGUACAAGGACCGUUUGGGCACGCUGUCCAAAUGGAGAUGUAGCUCGUCGAUAUGGCAUUACUGACAAGAAUCCAGCAGGAGACUACUGGAAGAAGAUUCCUGGAAAUGUCUCACGUUUAACAGUGACCCCUCUAGAUGAACUGUGGGCGAUCAGUACUUCAGGAUCUCUUCUCCAGCGCCUCACUAAGACCUUUAGCCAUUCCCAUAGUUUGCCGAAAAAUAAUGACACUUCUGUUCUGCUUCACCCUGAUGAUUUUGAAGAUGAAUGGGAAGUGAUAUGAAGUCUCUCAAGCUUGUGAAGCAGAGAAAAAAAACCAGAAGGACAGAAUUUUUGUAAUGUAUGUACAGAAUGUUGGAUCUAAAAGCCACUCAUAUGGGACCUGUGAUAUUAGCACUUUUGUAUUGAAAAACUGACUUGUUAAAUAGCCCCCAAGCUGUGAGUUCUGAUGUUUGUUCCAUUAUCUCUUGGGAGACUCUUUAGGUGUGGCAUACUGCAAUUGUUAUACCGUACUACUGUAGAAGCUCCUUUGGAAAUAUAACUCUUAAGUUAAUCUUACUAGCAAUGAAAGUGACUAUUUCACAACAGCAUGCAGACUAAUACAUGUGUACUUAUUUUGAGAAGGAAUUCUGUUGCAUUAAAUAUUUCUCUACAGCAGAAACAUUAA